UGUGGCAACUCCUGAAGCCUGUUAAUCUCAAAAGAGGGUGUGUUGCAAUGUGAAGCAAUCAAAAUAGAAAAAAGUUGGUAGAAUGACUUAUUACCUUUAAACUGUGUGACUAUGAAGCUGUUUUUCUUGCUGUGGAUUCUGCCUUUAACCUUAGGAGACACUCGUGUCACCUGUAUCUAUACUGAAGAAUGUAUGUUACCUUGCACUUCCACCAACCUUGAUAUCAUCCACUGGUACAAGGAUAAAAAUGCAGUGCAUUCAUUCUACCACAAUCAGGACCAGCUGGGCCAUCAGCACGCGGACUACAAGGGAAGAACAUCCCUGUUGCCGGAAUCUGAAAUUAAAAAUGGAAAUUUAUCACUCUUGAUAAGAAACAUCAGUCUCCAAGAUGAAGGCAGAUACAAGUGCUACGCUGCCACUGAAAAAACUAAUGAUGAGAAGUUUGUGGAUGUGUCAGUGGAAGCUCCAGCUAAAUCUGUGAACAUCACAUUAAAUGAUGAUACAGUCAUCUGCAGCACCAGUGGAGUUUAUCCAAAACCAAAAGUCUUGUGGUCCUCAGACCCUCCAGCAAAGGAGCUGCCGAACAACGUCAGCCAAACAGAAGAUCAGCUGUUUACAGUGACAAGUCAACUGAAUGUGGAAGCCAUCACAGAUACCUACACAUAUAACUGUUCAAUAACUACUAAUAAAUAUAGCUAUACAGCAAGUCUGAAACAACAAGUUGCUUCAGAACUCUCAGCGAAUGAGUUCAUUUUCAAAUGUCCAGUCACUAAGGAUUUCAACUACAGUCUCACCUUGAGGUUUUCCAACACCAUCCUGACAUAUGACCGCAAAACCUCUAUGGAAGAAAUCUCUGAGCAGUGGAGGGAUAAAGUUACCUUUCAUCGAGAAGAUGGAAGCAUUAAACUCUCUCAUCUUAAUCAAGAGCAACUGGGAACAUACACAUGUGAAAGCACCACAGCCCAGUACAGAUACAUUACACAAACCAAAGUCCAGUCAUCAAGAGGUUUGGGAAAUGAAAUCUACAUAAUUAUCUGCAUUGGUAUAGUCCUAGCCAUUCUUCUUAUUGCUCUAAUUGUUUGUGUUGUAAAAAAGAAAAGAAAGAAAAGGAGACCUGAUGAUGCUGAAAAUUCAAGAGAAACAUCCAAUUCUGCCCAGGAGAUGGAGGAGUUGAAUAAAAGCAAAGACUAAUAAAAAGAGCAAACGUGGCUAAUCUCUUCAAGCCCACAGUCAUAUGGAGAUGGAUUAACAAAACCUUACAAACUCUAAAUGAAACAUAUUAUAGAUGAAAACUGACAAGGAAAUCCACUACCUGAUCUUUAGUAUUUAUAUUUAUUAUUCAGGACUUAUUAAAUGAGGGUAAGCCUGAAGAUGAAGAAGACUUUUGAAGGUGAAAGCAUGCCAGGAGGAACCAGCGAGUGCAAUGAGCCCAAAAACCGGUUAUGAAACACAUUUAAUUUUUUUUCAAGCUUUGGAUUUGUUUUCAGUCUGAAGAUACAUUUCAAGUGAACAUCACUGAAGCAGUCACUGCCUAGACUCAAAUGUUACAGACAAUCUUUUCUGUAUACUGAAGAAGCUUUUCUUCGAACUUUCUCAUUUUUAACAUAUUUUGGCUCUGUCAGAAGCGAAUAGAUCAGAUUCCAUUCAUUAAUCUAUUGUCUCAGGGCCAUGACGUGCAGAAAACCAGUUUUAGCGGAUUCCACAGUAAUCAGGAAAACAAGUUUUGAAACCACAUUCUUAGAGAAAAAGACUUAUAAACUUAACAGCAGAGGCCAUCCCUGAGAAACAAAAAAAAACACUAAC